UCAAUAACCCCUGAUGCGGCAUGAGGGCAUUUCAGUCGUGCUAUUAUAGAUUCAGGAACAUCAAGAUGCCUCGUGAGACUUGAAGGCAGGCAGAGGUGGAAAGUUGAAUCUCGACUACCACGCUAAACAUGAAAAUUUGAAAUUCUCUUAUUCUCCCUCACCCACUACUUCUCGACAAAUGCAAGUCCGAUAGCACAACUUCUAUCCUUCUGCAAAUUCAAUUCGACUCCAACAAUGGCCGAACGGAAUGCCGUCGAUCGGAUGCGAGCCAUCUUCGCAAAGGACAACGAGCAAGAAUACGCACCUAUUCACAGCGGCUCCGAAUCAGUUGACUCUUUAAUCCGAAGACCCGUGUUGAGCAUCGAUGAUGAGGACGAUGGGGUUGGAGCGGGCCAGGUAGCAGCUCCUGCUAGUCCAUUCUCUUGGAUAGAGUACUUCGUGUUCAUGCUUCUCGGAGUAGCUAUGCUAUGGGCUUGGAACAUGUUCUUGGCAGCAGCCCCAUACUUCCAAACUCGAUUUGCCGACAACGAGAGUAUUCUUGCCUCCUUCCAAUCUGCGAUUACCUCCGUCGCAUGUGUUACCAACCUGGGUUCGAUGACCAUCUUGUCCAACAUACAGAAGAAAGCUUCUUACCCACAUCGAAUUCUGUCUGCUCUGGUCAUCAACAUUGUGGUGUUCACUCUCUUGGCUAUAUCGACCUCGCACUUCCGCGACAUAUCUUCUGCAGGAUAUCUUGUCUUUACCUUGAUUAUGGUCUUCUGUACAUCUACGGCAACCGGAUUGUGUCAAAAUGGAGCAUUUGCAUUCGCAUCUGGCUUUGGACAACCAGAAUACAUCAAUGCUAUUCUGACAGGAAAUGCAGUGGCGGGCGUGCUUCCAUCAGUGGCCCAAAUUGUCUCCGUUUUGGCAGUUCCUGCUCCAAAUGCAUGGGAUACGACAGCCGAAUUAGAUCAAGUCUCGAGCAAGGAGAAUACAACUUCGGCGUUUGCAUACUUCCUGACUGCUACGGUUGUCAGUGGCCUCACGAUCUUUGCAUUCGUACCCCUGGUACGCAAGCACAAUCGUCUUAUGGAGGCCUCAAUGAUGAACUCCAUGACCAGCGUCGAAGAGGCCGAGCAGGCUUCGCGGAAGGUAGUUUCUAUGUGGACUCUUUGGAAGAAGACUCGCUGGCUGGCUACGUCUUUAUUCAUGUGCUUUGCAGUCACGAUGUUCUUCCCUGUCUUGACGCAGAAGGUGGUCUCGGUGGUUCCCGAAGACAGGGCUCCUCGAUUUCUUCGUGCAUCGGCCUUCAUUCCGAUCGGCUUCCUUACAUGGAAUUGUGGUGAUUUAGCUGGCCGAUUGAUAACCCUGACUCCAUUCAGAAUGCGCCAGCACCCUCUCGUUCUUUUCAUUCUCUCGAUCCUUCGAAUUGGGUUCGUCCCUAUGUACUUGCUUUGUAAUAUCCAAGGUCAUGGAGCUGUCAUUAAGAGCGAUGUCUUUUACUUGUUCGUUCUACAAUUUGGAUAUGGUGCUACCAAUGGUUGGCUUGCAAGCUCAUGCAUGAUGCAAGCUGAAGACUAUGUAGAGGAAGGCGAGCGCGAAGCUGCAGGAGGUUUCCUGGUACUUAUGCUUGUUGCAGGAUUGACCACAGGAUCUUUGUUAAGUUUCUCUGUGGCCGGUAUAUCAUGAUCAUUGUUUUGUCAUUAUUGCUUGGAGUUGUGCAUUGGAUGGGCGUUCAUGUUUGGCAACACACGAGCAUUCUACAGC